CUCUCUCUCUUAAUUUGACUAUUUCAAGCUUGGGAGUAGUACAAACCAACCGCGUCCUUCCAAAAGCAAUCACCCCAUCCCCAAUUUAAAACCCUGGAGUAGAAAUCUCCCAUCACCAUGGUCGAACCCCUCCCUCCGCCUCUACCUCCAUGGCUCGUCUCCUCCCCCUCGUCCCUAUCAUCUCCCUCCUCCUCCUACUCGCCUCCUCCGCCGCCGCACAUGGUGGUGGCUCCGACGACGACGACGACUCCGGCGGCGCCCAGCCGAACCUCCGCGCGAAAUCGCUCAUCCUCGUCAAGGUGUGGUGCCUCAUCAUCGUCUUCGUCGGCACCUUCGUCGGGGGCGUCUCCCCCUACUUUCUCAAGUGGGACGAGGGGUUCCUCGUGCUCGGGACGCAGUUCGCGGGGGGCGUGUUCCUCGGCACGGCGCUCAUGCACUUCCUCAGCGACUCCAACGAGACCUUCGAGGACCUCACGGACAAGGAGUACCCCUUCGCGUUCAUGCUCGCGAGCGCCGGGUUCGUCAUCACCAUGCUCGCCGAUUGCGUCAUCGCGAUCGUGGUCGCGCGUGGGAGCGGGGUGAGAGACGUCGAAAGGGGCGGCGGAGGAGGUAAUGGCGACGGAGGAGCCUUGCAAGAGAGUAAACUUGAUGCUAACAAUGGAAACUCGAACUUGCAAUCAGAGGCUGUAAAUGGCACAAAUAAUCACUCAGUUGCAGCUAUGCUUCGUGACGCUGAUAAUCUUGGCGACAGCAUACUAUUGAUUGUGGCCUUGUGUUUCCAUUCUGUUUUUGAAGGCAUUGCAAUUGGCGUCGCAGAGACUAAAGCCGAUGCAUGGAAAGCGCUGUGGACGAUCAGCCUGCACAAGAUAUUCGCGGCAAUAGCCAUGGGUAUAGCGCUCCUAAGAAUGAUCCCGAACCGCCCGCUGCUCUCCUGCGCGGCCUACGCCUUCGCCUUCGCCAUCUCCAGCCCAAUCGGAGUGGCCAUCGGGAUCAUAAUCGACUCCACCACCGAGGGCCAUGUGGCGGACUGGAUCUACGCCAUCUCCAUGGGCCUCGCGUGCGGCGUGUUUGUUUACGUCUCCAUCAACCAUCUCUUAGCCAAAGGGUACAAGCCGCAGCGGCCCCUCGCGGCCGACUCGCCAGUGAACCGGUGGCUGGCGGUGGUCGCCGGGGUCGGGGUGAUUGCUGUUGUGAUGAUAUGGGAUACAUGAUGAGGCUGGAAAUUGGGGGUAGGGAGUAAGUGUUAAUGUUGUUACAUAUUUACAUGAGCCGAGGCCAUUAAUUGAGGAGUGGUAGCUUUUUUUUUUUUUGUUUUUUUUCCCCUACUGUAUUUUCUUUCGCUUGGUAGUACACAAAGUUAAUCCUUUUCAUGAAGGAAAAAGUUGAAAUUUGCUGUGAAAAUGCUUUUCUAGGUGAUAAAAGUUAUUAUUUUUCUUUC